AUGUUGCUGUCUAUAGUAAUUCCCUCUACAUGUGUUCUGCCAGGCUAUUUCUCUCUCCCAGCACAUGCAGAACGUGACGACAUAAUCGACCACUUCUUUCAUCUAGGUCUGGGUUACAGCGAGAUCUUGAUGUGUUUGUUUCUUUUGCACGGCAUUUGCUUAAGUAUUCGUCAACUAAAGCGAAUACUGAGAUGCCGUGGUCUUGGAAGAAGAGCUAAUAGGACUGAUCCACGGCAGGUUUGCGAAGCUAUCGAGGAGGAACUACGAGGCAGUGGUAGCACUCUUGGGUAUAGGCAAAUGACUCAGAGGCUGGUAUUUGAUCACGGGCUAGUUGUUGGCAAAGAGACAGUUAGAGAAUUGAUGAAGAUAUUAGAUCCUUAUGGUGUGUCCGCAAGAUCAAGUCGGAGACUCCGGAGAAGGCAGUACAGCACAAAAGGUCCUAAUCACAUAUCGCAUAUUGACGGAUAUGACAAGUUGAAACCGUUUGGUUUUUGUGUACACGGUGCAAUUGACGGCCAUAGCAGAAGAAUCAUGUGGUUAGAAGUUGGUCCUUCUAACAAUGAUCCCUCUGUCAUAGCCCAAUAUUUUGUGGACACUAUCAGGCAAAUCGGUGGAACUGCCAAGAUAAUACGUGGUGAUGGGGGAACAGAGAAUGUUUAUGUUGCUGCUGUAGAGCGCUUCUUUAGACGUGAUGGGGACGACAGUUGGGCUGGAGAUAAAAGUUUCUUAUAUGGAAAAUCCGUUGCUAAUUAG